CUGCCAGCAGGUGGAGAAGUUUGAAGGGCCUUUUGAUCUUUUAGCCCCCUCCCCUGUCCCUCCUCUGUUUCUUGCCGCUUCUGAAGUGAGGGGUUCUUGCACAAACUUCAUUCCACUCCACAGAGGGACAACAUAUGUUGGAGACCCGGCAGAGGCAGGGAGCAGACAGACGCUUGUGGAGGGUUAUUUUCUUGCAUCUUCAAGACAAAGUAGAUGUUAGUUACAGUCAUGGAUGCAUUAUGUGUGGUGAACCCGUCACUCCUGACCCUGGUGCUCUCCCUUCAUUUGCACUUUUCCCUUUUGGUCGGGGCCGCGAUGGACUCCUGCUAUGACGAAGACGGCAUUCCCAGUCGCUGCAUGCCCAAGUUUGAGAACGUGGCCUUUAACCGCACGGUUGAGGCGUCCAACGUCUGCGGUUCCACACCUGAGGACUACUGCAUGCAGACCGGCUCCACGCGCUCCUGUCACUACUGUGACGCAAAAGACCCGGAGCUGAGUCACAACCCCAGCCAACUGACUGACUUCCACAGGAACGAGGAGCCCACGUGGUGGCAGAGUCAGUCCAUGUUCUACGGCAUCCAGCACCCCAAUUCCGUCAAUCUCACCCUUCACCUUGGGAAAGCUUUCGAGAUAACCUACAUACGCCUGAAAUUCUACACCAGUCGACCCGAGAGCUUCGCCAUUUACAAACGUACGGAGGAGGGGGGCCCUUGGUUGCCUUACCAAUACUACAGCGCCUCUUGCAAGACGACAUAUGGGAAGGAUGCCAAAGGUUAUAUUCGCCCAGGAGAGGAUGAAAAGACCGCUUUGUGUACUGACGAGUUCAGCGAUAUCUCCCCCCUGACUGGAGGAAACGUGGCUUUCUCCACCCUGGAAGGUCGACCCAGCGCAUACAACUUUGACCAAAGCUUGGGUUUACAGGAAUGGGUGACAGCCACAGACCUGCUCAUUUCUCUGGACCGGCUGAACACUUUCGGAGACGAGAUUUUCGAAGAUGCCAAAGUUUUGCGCUCGUACUUCUACGCCAUCUCGGAUUUCUCUGUGGGGGGCAGAUGCAAGUGUAACGGUCAUGCCAGCGAGUGCAUUGAGGGGGAACAUGGUGGCCUGGUCUGUGCCUGCCAGCAUCACACCGCGGGAGCUGACUGCCAGGAAUGUCACCCCUUUUACCAGGACAGACCCUGGGCCAGGGCCACCGGAGACUCCGCCAACGAGUGUUUGAAGUGCAACUGCAACGGGAGAUCAGACCAGUGCGUCUUUGACAUGGAGCAGUACAGGAGCACCGGCAGUGGGGGGCGCUGUGUGGACUGCAGAGACAACACGGAUGGGCCCCACUGUGAGCGCUGCAAGGAAAACCACUACAGAGGAGCACCAGAGGACCCAUGCCUGCCCUGCAACUGCAACGUCAACGGCUCGGUGAGUCUGCAGUGCGAUGCAGAGGGAAGGUGUGCGUGUCGUCCCGGCGUGAAGGGGGACAAGUGUAACAUGUGUCAGGAUGGAUUCCACUCUCUUGGCCCCAGUGGCUGCAGGCCAUGUGAGUGCCACCGCAGCGGGAGUGUUGGCGAGUGCUCUCCACUGGACGGACAAUGCUUCUGUAAGCUGAACGUGGAGGGACACAGCUGUGGAAGAUGCAAGCCAGGAUUUUUCAAUUUGCAGCUCCAAAACCCAGCGGGCUGUCAGCCGUGUUUCUGUUUCGGCCACUCGCUGGCGUGCUCCUCAUCCAAUCACUACACUCCUGUCAACAUCACUUCUGACUUCAUUGAAGAUCAGGACAGCUGGGUGGGGGAGUUCUUUGGAGGCAAGGAGUUUCCUCUGCAGUGGAAGGAGGGUGAAGUCUACCUGCUGCCUCUCACAGAGGACGACACUGGCUUCUACAAAGCUCCUGAUACAUUUCUGGGUCCCCAGAUCUAUAGCUACGGUCAGCCUCUCCACAUCACCUUCACGUCCGAGACCCUUGAUCUCCUCCCCAACAGCAUCACAGUUAUUCUUGAGGGCUCUGGAAUGACCCUGUCAGCUGAUCUUUACCCCAGACCAGUACUCCAAUAUGACCCCAGCAACCCCCCGAUGCAGGAUUUCAUUCUCAGACUUCAUGAAUAUGAGACGAGCUUCAAACCUCGUCUGUCUGCCUUUGAGCUCCAGCAUCUCCUCUACAACCUGACAGCUCUGAAAAUCAGCAAUGCUGGGGGACACAACUACACGUCUCAGCUUGCCAGGGUAACUCUCACCUCCGCUUCCGCCUCCUCCCAUCCGCCGAGUCUCCCCGCUGCGUGGGUGGAACUAUGUUCCUGCCCGCUGGGCUUCUCCGGUCAGUUCUGUGAGCGGUGUGCUCCAGGAUUCACCCGACAAGAACCCAACGGAGGGCCUCUUUCUGCAUGUGUGCCAUGCAAAUGCCACCAACAUGGAAUCUGUGAUCCAGAGACGGGUGUGUGCGAGUGCUCCCACUUCACUGCGGGGAUGACCUGUGAGCGCUGCCUGCCCGGUUACUAUGGAAACGCGCUGAUUGGCACGCCUGGUGAUUGUCAGCCUUGCCCUUGUCCAGACCGCAGCAGCUGUGUCCAAAUUGCGGAGACGGGACAGGUGGUGUGCACCAACUGCCCCGCAGGACAGACAGGGAUGCGCUGUCAGAUGUGCGAAGACGGUUACCAUGGUGACCCCCUGGGACAAUCCGGGACGGUUCGAGCCUGUGUGAGGUGCAACUGCAACGGCAACGUGGACUUCAACGCAGUGGGGAUAUGCGACCACUUCACCGGGCGGUGUCUUAAGUGCAUGGGGCACACAGAGGGUGACCACUGCCAGCGAUGCCAGCGGGGUUUCUAUGGCAACGCCCUGGAGCAAACAUCUGGCCAGAAGUGCAAGCCAUGCAGCUGCAGCCCUGCUGGAACCUCUGGGCUUGUAAAUGAAUGCCACCCUCAAACAGGAAGCUGUCACUGCCUCAGUCAUGUGACCGGCCGGGACUGCAGUUCUUGUGAAGUUGGCUUCUUCAACCUUCAGCCGGGUUUUGGAUGUGAGAGGUGCAAAUGCAGUCCAAUUGGCUCCACUUCCCAGGCUUGCCAUCCAGCCACAGGUGAGUGUGUGUGCCGUCCAGGAGUGGAGGGGACGCUGUGCGACUCUUGUCGUCUGGGAUUCUUUGGAUUCUCAUCACGAGGUUGCAGAGCUUGCAACUGUGACCCAAUGGGCUCCGUUUCCAUGCAGUGCCACGGUAACGGUACCUGCCAGUGUCGGCAGGGCUUUGUGGGUUACAAGUGUGACAAAUGCGAGGUGAAUUAUUUCCACAACAGAGCCACUCAUCAGUGCGAGGAAUGUCCAGUUUGCUAUAGCCUUGUCAAGAAACAGGCUGAGAAACUUCAGGCUCGCCUGCAGGAUUUGGAGAAGCUCCUUGCUCACUUUGAUUGCCGAGGUAGACUCGGAAGGAAGCCAAACCUGCAGAAGUAUCAGAUGGCUGGGCUUUACCAGCAUGACCGGCUCCAGGGGGAGGAUUCUCUUCCCAACGCUCUGGAGGAUUUUCUGGCCUUCCAAGAAGCACGGGAGGCCUUCAUAAAACAAUUUUCCUCGCUGGAAGCAGCUACAGGCACACUUUCAGCGCAGCUGCAUGGCCUUACAUUCACUUUGAACUGCAGCAUCAGCGUGACGCAGGCUCAGGGAAGUGAUGGGAGGAAGGAUGAAAGGCACGGAGGAGUGUGUCGCACCUUUACGGACGCUCUGCUCAUGAUCAAAGCGGCGGAGAGGCGGCUGAAGCGGGCCACACUGGACCUGGACAACAUGAUCUUUCCUUUUGAGACGAUGCCAAUGCCAAACAAAUGGAACCUGAUGGUCAAUGAGUCGCAGGUGCUCAUGGAAAGCCACAGAGAAAUGGCGGACCUUAUUGAGGCCGUGGCCACCAGGGCGCUACAAGCCUCAAAGCAGACUUUCAGCCUCCUGAUGGAUCUACUGCGGGACAACUCCACAGAGGAGUACAUCAGGAAUCUAACGGAGCAGAUUGCACAGAUGCAGCAGCAGAAGGAGAACUUAACUCUGCAGCUGAAUGAUACCGCAGCCAAACAGCAGGCCCUGCAGGAGGAAGAUGCCGUUUUAAGGCUCGCCCUCGACAACAUCACAUCAUCCUUUCAUCAGCUGCUUCUGACUGAUGCCAGAAUAUCAUCAGAGGACGGCCAAACAAAGUUCAACCAAACAAGUGCGAGCAACGACACCGCUGAGUGGGGUGAGAACCUUCUAAAAAAAGCAGAGGAGCUCAACCAGCAAAUUCAGACGGAAGACGGCCUCAUCGGGAGGAUCAGGGAGGAGAUGGAGCCUGAGAUACUCGCGGCCAGGGAGAACCUGAGGAAAGCGGAGAGCAUCGAUCAGCUGAAGGCUGAAGCUCAAGAGUUAAACGUCCUAGCGUUAUCCUCGGUGGUGAUGGGGAAGGAGGUGGAAGCAGAAACCAUCAGCUUGUACAGACGUCUGGAAAACACGGUGGAAGAGUGGCCCCACCUGCAGGCUCAGACCAAAGCUGCAGUGAAGAAGGAGAAACACCUGAGAGAAAAGGUCCUCCCUGAUGUCAGAAGGAAGCUCUCGCAGGUUGAGAAGAACCUACAGCCAGCUGUGGAAAACACCAACAUGUCAAAUAAUGCUACCAAGGAGGCAAAGCAAAGGACUCAAAAUGUAGAAAAGGAGUCCAAAGCGGUUCUGAUCCAAGCCAAGCACACCAGGACUUCCUCUGGUCACCUCAGCGCCCACAUAGACUCUGCUUUACAGCAGCUGUCUGAGCAGGAGUUGCAGCUGAAGGAGGCAAAGAUCCAGAUGCCCUCGGAGCCUGAGGUGUCCCUGACCAGCAUAAAGGAGGACGUGGAGACAGCCAAACUCCAGCUGGAGGCUUACUCUGCUGCACUCACCGAGCUAAUCAGCAAGAUUGAUGGGAGCGUGCCACUGGAGCGGUUUGAUCGGAUCUUAAACGAGACAGCACGCCGCCUGAGCAUGCUGCGCGGGAGUGUGGAGAGCCCGACGCUGAGCUCAAAGAUCCAGAAGCUGAACGCGGCUGCGAAGGAGCAGAGGAGCCGCCUGUCCCUCAUCGAGCAGGACAUACAGGAGAUCAGAGAGGAGAGGGACAGCCUCAGAGACAUCACCCUAAACCUGCCCCAGUCCUGCAUCCAGAGUCCAGGGGCCGGUAAACCCUAGACGAUGGAGACCAUGGUUACUUACUGAGAAAACUGCUCAACACAAGAGGAUUUGUUUCGGUCAUUCGUUUGGUUAGAUUUUAUAUAAUUAUUUUAUUUUCUCAUCUAGGUUUCAUCUAAAGCUACAUAUGAUUUUACCACCACAACUUUUUUAAGACUUUCUUUUUAGGCUCUACAUAAAAAUAAAAAUAAAAAAAACACAGCUAUAUAUAUAAUAGGUCAAAUUUUGACCAAUCAGGGACUUGGAUUUGGUAGGCACAUAUGCAUCGCCCCUCUAAAUUCACAGAAGUACCAACUUUUUGAAAGUUGAUCAUGGAUGACAAAUUAAUAUGUGCAGUUUAUAUGACACUAUUUUUAUCGGAGAGGGUUUUUACGAUGCUGCCAUUUUGCUCUGAAGUUUAGAAUAAUCCAGAUUCUCCUGUGUUAGGGUGAAACUCCAGAAUAUAAUUUUCUAUCAUCAUCCCAGCUUAUUAUGGCCUCAGUAGGUCAGGUUUCAACACUAAAUCAUGAAUAGAUUUUUUUCACUUGUUUUCCUCUCUGUUGAGCAGUUUUUGUUUAUUUUUUAUUUUCAUGUCAUCAUCAUGAGCCGCAAACAAGUAUUCAACCAUGUACUGCCUUGUAAAUGAUCACACAUUCUAGCUGAUUCAAACAUAUCAUUUUACAGGUAUUCUGGGUCAAUUUUACAACAAAAUAUUCUUGAAGUGACCAAAAGAAAAGAAUCACAUUGUACUGUAUUUAUCUGCUAACAGAAAUUAAGAGUACACCUAAACUACUUAGAAAAAAAAGAAUGUUUCCUCUGUGUAUAAAACUGUUAUGGAACAUCAAUGCACUAGAAUAUACUGUGACUCAACCAGAGAUGAGAGAGCUGCUCAAUGCAGGGGAUUGUGUAAACCUUUAAAUGGAGGAUGUGGCACAAUAAACUCUGUCUCUGCCAGUU